GCCGUUGAACUGCCCGCAGACCCUGUCGUUCCCCAGCAGUCCCAGCAGCAAGAGUCUCUGAACAGCCCGCAGACCCUGUCGUCCAGUCCCUGAUCACAGCCCCAAGAUGUCGCGAGGUCUCGUGCUUCUCAUCGUCGCCGGGGCAGCAGCGUCGGCGCAGGCGGAUUCCGUUUGCUAUAGUACGCUUCAGGAGGCCUUUUUCGCCUGGACUGAAACUGCAUGGGAUGCUUGCCAUUUACAGUACACAGCGCCUGAUAUUGACCUUGCAACCAGGGGGUACUGCUCAGUAUGGUCUAAAUCGUACGAUGUGGCUAAAUGCGAUCCACUUUGGGCCAACUACAGCAAGUGCGGGCUAAAAGCGGCCAAACUUCUGAAGGCAGACAACACGUUCGACGACGCGGCCUUCAAAGCAACCAUGUUGCAAAACGAGUGCAGCGCUGACGCCAAGUUCAUAGCCGCGUACCCGACGUGCAAGAACUCCACCAUGAAAUAUUUGAACUUCGGCCGACUAAACGUCUGUCUCCAGAAGGCUCUAUAUUGACGGGUGAUGUCGCGGAAGAGCAUUGAAUUGAGCCAGAAGAAGACGAACUGAGCAUCAGAAGACUUUUCUCUUUCGUAACCCAUUCAUUUCCGCUGAGUUGGAUUGCCAACGAGAAUAUUGUUAUUGUUGCAAUUUUGAAUUCGGGAUUUCUUCGGUUAUGUGUGUGACUGCGUGUUUUAAUCUUUGGUCUGCGGAUUUUCACAAUCGAGUUCCACUCGCUCUUUCCCCAUAAAAUAGAGAUUCAGGAAAAGGACGGUAGGAUGCAUUUACUAUACCCACUACUAUACCCACAUCAAUGUACAUUUAUCCCUUUGCAUACACUAUUCAUGAGAUUGCUACCACGCGCAGUCUCUGGGAUAUAUUCUACAGCUAAUAGGUAACAAUACAAUAAAUGAUUUGAAUGCA